AUGGCCUCAGCACUCGCUAUCGGAACCGGCGUUGCGGUUGCCGCAUUUCUCGGCCGCGCCGGACUCGUCGCAUGGCGGCGCUCUCGGGGCGGCGUCGGAGCGCUGGGCAAAGCCUUCUACAAAGGCGGUUUCGAGCCGCGCAUGACCAAGAAAGAGGCCACUCUCAUCCUGUCCCUCAAUGAACGAGCCGUCACGAAGGAGAAAGUCCGAAAGGCCCACCGGACCCUCAUGCUCCUGAACCACCCCGAUCGAGGCGGAAGUCCUUACUUAGCUACCAAGGUCAACGAGGCCAAGGAGUUCUUGGAGAAGAAUAGUUAG